GUUACUGGCUGCUAUUCCCAUUGUAUGGUUGUGUAUACCGCUGUCGAACGUGUUUUCUGUAUCUUAUUUCCGUUCAUUUGAGAAUUUUUCGUAUUUCAAAUCGAUACGAAUCUCUUGCGUUCGUUUUUUUUUAAAAACAAAUUUUCAAUUGCAUUCAAGCAAUUUUCAAGCCAAAAAAAAUCAGUGGGAGAAUAUCGAUCACAUACCGAAUGGUCAAUGCUAAAUUAUGGAUUUUAUGAGUGAUACGAGCAAAAAAACGGUAGUUUUAUGUACCACAAAUACAAUUCGAUUUGUUUCAAAUUAAUCGCAUUUUCGGGUGUCAAUUUUGUGUUUUCUGUCACAACGACGACAUGGAUUUAUAAAAUAUGCACAGAGAUUUUUACGUGUGACUAAAACCAAACCAAAAAUCAAGAGUUCUAUUUGAAUUGGAACGAAGUAAUUUGAAAUGCAAAUCAUGGAUCAAAUCAAUUAGAUUGUAGUGUGAGAAGUUGAUUGAAAUUAUUUGAAGAAUUCAAACUGAAAUUUUUCGGAUUUCAAAUACAAAUAACACACCUGUUUAACAUAAACAUUCAAACACACAAACACAAAUAAACACCAAAUUGAAUCAACGUCACCUUUUCAAAGCUGGUCCAUUCAUGCACAAUUUUCGAGUGUGCAUCAUAUCUGUUGAAAUUGCCGUCGCUAUUGCAAUUGUCAUACCACCUUGUAGCGCAGUAGCAUAUGUGUGUGAAGCCACAAGAAUUGUUCGGUUAGUGGCCAUUAAAAUAAAAGUGUGCAAAUUAACAGCAUAAGAAGAGAAAAAAAAAAUCUACAAUCAAGUGAAAUAUAUUAAAUUUUUCAUAAUAUACAAACAGUGUGCGAAAAUAACAGGCAAUUUCAUCUCAUUUUGUAAAGCAUAAUUUAAAAUUGAAAGAGAGCAGAGAGAAAAAACCACACAAUAUAAAAGCAACACAAAAAUAAGAGUUUUAAAGAGUGAAGCAAAGGGAAAAAAACAACAAAAGCAACAAAAUAAAACCUAGUGUAAAAGAUCAAUUGGCACCGUUUCGUGUUCGAGAUAUAAAUUGUAUGAAAAGUUGUAUUACAAAAUGUUGACUUCACCGAAUAACGCAAGCAACCAGUACAUCAGACCGGAUUAUUUAUCACCAUUACCAGCAACGUUGGAUGCAAAAAAUAGUCCAUUGGCAUUAUUGGCACAGACGUGCAGUGCAAUUGGCGCCGACGCACCCAAUCCAAAGUUGAUUGCAAAUAUGGAAAAAAGUGGAAAAAACUUGCAAAAAUCGGAUAGUUGCGAUAAAUCGUCACCGGGCAGUCAAUCGUCAUUAUCGAAUAGUUCAAGUGAAUCACAUCCCAAGUCUAGUUUUAAACCAUAUGAACCAUCGUUUCGGGAUCGCUCGGUCACAACACCCGAUGAUUAUCGAUCACAAUCGGCAACCAAUAAUCAUCGUAUCAAAACACCAAAACAGGUGCAUUUGACACAAGUUCAACACACAAAUGGACGAUGCGAAUCAAACCAAAGUGCUGCCUCACCACGCUCAUCGCCGGCCGGUAAUCAUUCGCGUAAAUCAUCGUUGCAACAACAGCCAAUCAAUUUGGAAAAGUGUGCUAGUCCAACGAUUACAAGUCAUCGUGCCUCGGUUACAUCAAAAGAAUCGUCCAAUUCUGUAUCACGAUCGACCCAAGAGAGUCCAUUGUAUAGUGCAUCAAAAUUAGCUGAAGCAACCAAAGAGUCGUCGGUAUCGUAUCCAAAAACAAGCACAUCAUUAUCGUCAGUCACAUCGGCAUCGGGGAUGUCACCAUUUUUCGGUGCAUACGGUCCAGGUUUACCAUAUCCAAUGGAUUUAAUGGCAGCCAGUGCAUUAUUGUCACCACAACAUGCAAUGUGGAAAGCAGCCUCAAUGUCACCAUACUUAAACUAUGCGAAUCGCAUGAAAAUGCCAGGCCAAAAUGGCACUGAAUCGCUUGGCGGUUGUCGUGAUCCAUUUUGUACGGGUUGUUCAUUGAAUCCACAUCCAAUUGGAAAAUGUCCGUCAGGUUGUACACAAUGCGAACCAUCAGCCAAUUCAGCAUCAAAAUCAUCAUAUGCUCAACAAAUGUCAGCGUUUGCUCAUGCACAAUUGACCGCAUUGGCAGCAGCCUCUCAAAUGCCAUACAUUUGUAAUUGGAUUGCCGGCGAUGCAUCUUAUUGUGGAAAACGAUUUUCAACAUCCGAUGAUCUUUUACAACAUCUUCGUACGCACACCGCUUCAAUGCCUGAAUCAAUGUUGAAUCCGGCAACAGCCGGUUUACCACCAAACCAUCCACUUCUGCAACGCACCUAUCCAACACCACCGUUGAGCCCAUUGUCUGGUAGUCGAUAUCAUCCAUAUAACAAACCAUCUGUGUUACCGCCAGGGUUGCAUCCAUCGUUAGCCGGUUUGCCAUUACCACAUCCAUCGUUAGCACCAUACUUUUCACCAUACUCACUGUAUGGCCGAUUGGGCGCAUCGCCUGGCAUGCAUCCAUAGUAGAUACAAACACACAGAGUAAAUAAUAAAUUUAUUAAGCAACCAAAAUGAAUGAAAACAACAAAAAAAAUCUCCUUUUCUAUUUGUCCUUUGAUUUCUUCUUUUUUUAAAACAAAAAC